AAAAGUAAGUGAAAUAUCAAAUAAUUGAAAAACAGAUUCCAUGUCCCUUAUGGGCCACCGUAGGAACGAUACAUUUUCCAAAAUUAGACACAUUAGUCAUAUUACACAUAAUUAUUAUUAGACACAAUAAACUUUCCACUCACCAUUCACCUGUAGACCUGAACCGAAAGUAGAUCACGUGACCCACACACAGACGUGUACAUUCUCAGCGGUAACUCAGUAAACAGUUCGGUUCGUGUCUGUUUUCCAGAAAUUGAUAAAAUGGCGGCUGUGAACGUACAACAAGCUGAAAGUACGUCAGGGUUUGUUGACAACUGGCAAGCGGGGAAGACCCUUGCUGAAUGCAAUCUACGCAUGUUCGAUGCGGAAGAUCUUUGUGACGUCACAUUUCGUGUUGGAAGUACAGGCCAUGUGAUCAAGGCCCAUCGCUACGUGCUCAUCAGCAGAAGUUGUGUGUUCCACGCCAUGUUUACUGGCCCCCUGGCGGAGACGUCGGAAGUCAGUGUUCCUGAAAUAGAGCCUCAGGUGUUGAGAAAGUUUCUCUUAUACCUUUACACAGACAACACAACUGUUGAUGCUGACAACGUAACAGCUCUACUGUACGCCUCCAGAAAAUAUGCCAUCACCGCCUUAGAAUCACAAUGUCUGGAGUUCCUGGAGAAACACCUCAACGUUGACAACGCCUGUGUGAUUCUAGAUGCUGCUCAUCGUUUUGAUCAAAGCCAGUUGUUUCAGAAGGCCUUGACCUUGAUUAAAGAUACAGGUGAGAGGUCACUACAGUCAUCUGGUUUCCUGACACUGAGACAAGUGUUGUUGCAUCAGAUUGUGGAGUCAGAUGAUCUGGCCGCCGAGGAGCACGUCAUCUUUAGCGCCGUUAACUGCUGGGCAGAGGCAGAGUGCAGACGUCAGGGAAGGGAGGUAACUCCUGAGAUCAAGCGAACAGUUCUUGGAGAAACUUUACUGAAAGUUAGAUUUCCUCUUUUAAAGCUAACGUUCCUGGCUAGGGACGUUAAAGCCAGUGGUCUCUUGACUGAACAGGAGCGUCUCACGAUCCUUGAAUAUAUUGGAUGCCCUGACAAUGAUGUGAAACCCUUCAACACUAAGCAAAGACAACAAAGAACCCCGCAUUCCAUAACAAGGUUUUCAUCACAGAGUAAUAGAGGCUGGAAUGUUGGUUUUUUUAGAUAUGAUGCCAUUUCCUUCCAAAGCAGCCGAAACCUGAUGCUCUGUGGAUACAGCCUGUAUGGGCCUUCCCGUGAGACUAAACCCGCUACCUGCUUUGUCACCACCUACUUUGGGAACGAGGAAGAUGUUUUCCAGUGCAAGAUUCAAGAUAGAACUGAGUACAAAGUCAACAGUCAAGUGUUUGAUGUUGUGUUUGAGAAGUCUGUUGGUAUGACAGCGGGGGUGUGGUAUACUCUGGCAGUGUAUAUACGAGGCAGUGAUACGUGGGAAGGAGAACAUGGACAGAAAAAGGUAUGUGCUGACGGGGUUCGUUUUACCUUCAGGAACUCACAACACAGCUCGAAUAACACUAGCGUCGACCAAGGGCAGAUUCCAUCUCUCCUCUACCAAGUUGCAUGAACAUUA